AACGCGGAAGCGGCGCGGAGCGGUGUCGGCCGGGGCUCCGGCACCGCCGCGAUGUCCGCGGACUUCGAGAGCUACGAGCAGGACUUCGCCGUGCUCACGGCAGACAUCACCGGCCGCAUCGGCAAGGUGCCCAAGCUGGUAGGAGAUGAGAAGAAGCAGAUGGUUGCAAAUGUUGAGAAACAGCUUGAAGAAGCAAGGGAACUGCUUGAGCAGAUGGAACUUGAAGUUCGAGAGAUCCCACCUCAAAGCCGAGGGAUGUACAGCAGUCGAAUGAGAAGCUACAAACAAGAAAUGGGAAAACUUGAAGCUGAUUUCAAAAGGUCACGAAUCGCCUACAGUGAUGAGGUGCGGAAUGAGCUCCUAGGGGAUGACGGGAAUUCCUCAGAGAACCAGUUGAUAAAAUUACGUGAAGAGAGGGCACAUCUGCUCGAUAACACAGAGAGGCUGGAAAGGUCAUCUCGGAGACUAGAGGCUGGAUACCAAAUAGCAGUGGAAACCGAGCAGAUUGGACAGGAGAUGCUUGAGAACCUCAGCCAUGACAGAGAGAAGAUCCAGCGUGCUCGGGAAAGGCUUAGAGAAACAGAUGCAAACCUGGGGAAGAGUUCCAGGAUUUUGACGGGAAUGUUGCGAAGGAUCAUCCAAAACAGGAUUUUGAUCGUUGUUCUGGCAGUCAUCAUCAUCUUCACCACCAUGAUGGCUAUUUUUUUUUCUGUCAGGGGACGCUGAUAUCUUUGUUCUUCACUAAACAGCAACAAACUGCUUGUUCUCAGUAAUUAAGACAAAGUGGUCACAUGAAUCAUUCUCUUGCACUGACAGAGUCUCCCUCUCUUUUCCACUCUUCAACUCAGGUGCAAGUGGUGUAAAAUAUUUUGUAUUAUUGAUGGCAUAGUUGAUGGCAUGUGGGGCUAUCAUUUUCUUACAUUUUUUGUCUUCAGGAUUUUUGUCUUCUUGUUUUCAGGAUAUUAAUAUUUGUUGGAGUGAGGGCUUGUUCUGAUUUAAAAAGACUUAAUGUGUGUUGAAUUCAAGCUCAGACAAUUAGUCUGUGAAUUGCCAGAGUUUAGCAAGGGAAGAGGGAUCUUUGCACUUAUCUUGUGCUAUGAGGGGUGUAUGAAUAUCAAACAGUAUCUGACUCUCUAUUAUAUAGAAUAUAAGUAAAGCAAAGACCAAAUGAUGUAGAAAGUGAACCUGACUCCUGUGACUAACUCCCGAUCAUGCAUUAUCGUAAUAGAUGUAACUUGGUUAAGAAUAGUAGCCAGUUUUAAAAAGAGAGCAACCUUAGGAUGAUCUUUAAAAUCUGAUGUGAAUCCAGUACUCAAUUUAACAUUUUUUUUUUGUUUAUAAUUAGGCUUUCUCUUCUGCUUAUUCAAAGCAAUUCCACUUUCAUCAAGAUCAUGAAAAUGCACCACUUACCUAAAAUGUAGUUGUGACCACAGCCCAUCUGUUGAAUCUCUUUUAAAUCUUCCAUUGUUGAUAUAUGUACUGAUAAGCGUACACACUAGGCCCUAAAUGAGGACAUAUAAAGAUUCUUAUCUAUUUGUUGCUGAUUGAAAAGAGAUCCUAAGUAAUAGCUCAGCGACAAAUGUGUGAUUAUAGUGCAUUAAACAAGAAUCUAGAUUUUUAAUAUUGGCCUGACUAUGCUGAGACUGCAUGUUGGAAAUAUUUGAAGUGUAUUAAAUUCUAAUGUGAUAUUCCCCUUUUUAAACAGAAACUGUAAAAAUGUUAAUUUAUACAUGCUUUUAGUUGAUAUAAUAUAUCAUAGUUUCAUCUACCUGUGUGUAAAUGAGCUGUUUCUCUUUUCCUAUUGGCUGUGCUUCUCCUAUAGACAGGUUGAGCUCGUUUGGCUUAUAAUUAAGAUAACAAUUCCAACAAAGGUCUAUUGCUAGGGAUAUGAUGAAGUACUUUUCAUGAUAACUUUUAAAUUCAUUAUUUGCAAUCCCUUACAAAUAUUACAAAUUGAGAGGAAUUUUAAGCCCUUGAACUCCAGCCAUGAAAUCUUUCCAGAAAGAUGUUCAAAGAAACAAAGAGCUGGUGAGUUUUAAAUUCCUCCCCACAUUAGGCAGCACCAAAUUUUCAUGUGUGCCUUAGUACUUCUGGGAUUUUGGCAUCCCUGUCGUCUCUGCCGAUUUGCUGUGCUCCUUGGGAGCUGAUUUUGAGAUAAACAUCUGGGAGUUGAUUUUGGCCCUUAAUAUGUCCCCUGUUUUCUCUACAUGGAAAAAAACCCAAAUAGUUAAAAGAUUGUGGUACCGAUGCCACAUCUAAGACAUAGAAAGAUGGUGAUAAAUAUAAAAUGAAAGGAUGCACAGGAAAAAUGUUAUUCACUGAAACGAAUGGGAGCGUGUGUGGUCAGCUCUGGUGUCUGUGUAUUACAUGCAGCUCACAACAAAGUUUAGAAGUGGUUUAUGUGCCAGGUUUCCCUACCAGCUCAUGCCAGUGGCUGUAGGAUUGUGCUGGUACAAAAGUUCCUGAGUAAUCCAGACCCGUGGUUGCAGGGGGUGCUGUUCUGUGCAGCACAGCUCAGUCAUGUUCAGCUCCUCACCUCGAUGGCCCUGCACUGUCACAAGGUCAUGGGACCCCCACCGGCCGCCUCCUCCUGGGGCGUCCUCCCCUUUCAUCCUUGUGAGGUGUGUGGCAUUUACCACGUGGCUUUCAGACACGGAAAGAUUUGGGUGUUCAGCUACCAGCCUUCAGUCACAACAUGCCCACAAACUAAGCACUUUGGGUUGUGUAAGCAGAGCUCUGGCCGUUAGCUUCGAGUGAUGGCACUGAGCUGAGUUCAGACAAAUUAGGAUGAAACCUGGCAGCAUCAGGAGAUAUUUAUCCUCUCCUCGGCAAAUUAGGAGAUGCAUAUUCUGUAAAGCAGAAAACUGUCAAGAAGGAAAUCUUAAGCUCCGUCUGUUGCCUAGACAUUCUCCGCGUUGCCUCAAUAAUUUAACUAUCAUGGGAAUUGAUUCAUGACUACUGAUCUUAACAUUGACCUAUGACUAGGUUUUGCCCUCUAUCUAGCCACCUGCUGGAAUCAGCAAAAAGCUGAAAGGAAGCUAGUUUUCCUUAUCCCAGUAUAAAUCUAGGGCAUAGUGUCACAUCAGAUACAUCCACUCAGAUAGAAAUGAGGGAGAGAGAGAGACUGCCACGCAAAGCCUUCAUCUUCACUUUUGAUGAGCCCGCCAUCGCUAUGUUUCUCUUACUAACCUGUUAAUAACUCCUCUGUGCCUGCUUUGCAUCCUCGAGUACUCCCCACAUGUAAAACAGUGCUCAAGUGGACAUUACACCCUUCAAAACACGAUAUUACUCUUCAGUCUCCCCUUUUCAUCCGGCUCAGGAAGUGUGGGGGUGAGAUGUACCAAAUCCACACAUUUUGGUGGGGACUGAGUGACUUCGACUGAGAACACAGCCCGAACCACCCACAGGUAGGGUGACACCCCCGGGUCCACGCUUCCCCUGAACUAUUUUGGUUGCAUUUAUAGCACAUCUGUGAAUGAAUCCAAGUGCUUACAAAUGUAAACCUCAAAGAGCAAAAUGUUUCUAAUGCUGCCGGCCUUUGUGGAGAAAUGACAAAUUAAAAAAACGCACGCACGGUGCUGUGUGCGAAAUUCAUCCUGGCUAAACAGCUGGGCUCACAGAAUAAAUAAACUAAUUCUGCGCUGAUACAAAAUCAAAAGCAAUUUAAUUAAAGACUCUUAAGUUUUAAAGGGUUUUAAAUGCUAUACGUUUUGGGGAAAUAUCAGAAAAUGUAGCUUGACUGACGUCAGUUCCCAUCUCUGGGAUGGGAGGCCAUUUGCUAUUCUGUUUAAGGCAGGCUGGAUUGUCUUAUUUUGGAGCCAGCUUGGUGGGGGGUUUUCUUUGCUGCUGCUUCAGAGCUCUGAGCUUCAAAGGCUGAAAUUAAUGGUGAACAAAAUUGUGCGGCUCUGACCAUCCCAUGCGGGGCAAACCCAUCGAGGGUUAUCAUUAAGUAAAGAAAUAAAGAAAAAAAACCCUGCCAGUUCCAAGAAAACCUCAUCAGAUAAUGACCUCUGUGAUUGGGUUUUCAUUACCAAACAGCAUCCAGAGAUUGUCUGCCCCAUAGAAG